AUGGAGAAGAGGAGAAGAAGAGAAGAGAAAAAGAAGAGAAGACGGAGAAGAGGAGAAGAGGGAGAAGAGGAGAGGAGGGAGAAGAGGAGAGGAGGGAGAAGAGGAGAGGAGGGAGAAGAGGAGAGGAGGGAGAAGAGGAGAGGAGGGAGAAGAGGAGAGGAGGGAGAAGAGGAGAAGAGGGAGAAGAGGAGAAGAGGGAGAAGAGGAGAAGAGGGAGAAGAGGGAGAAGAGGGAGAAGAGGGAGAAGAGGGAGAAGAGGGAGAAGAGGGAGAAGAGGGAGAAGAGGGAGAAGAGGAAAAGUGGGAGAAGUGGGAGAAACGGGAAAAAAGGGAGUAG